AUGGGAUAUGCUAGGAGCUGUGGGGAGCAACAGGCCUUGAUUGACGGACUGUGCUGUGACCGGUGUCGUCCAGGUGAAUAUUUGAAGGAGUCCUGCAAUGCGCAUAAUAAAACUGCCUGUAGCCCUUGUGAUGAGGGCUUCUACUCUGACCACUUCAACAUGUUUGACAGAUGUGAGGAAUGCCAGUCAUGCCAACAAGAAUAUGCUGAGAAAUGUACACCAACCACAAAUGCAAAAUGUUCGUGUCGCUUGGGUUUCCUGUGCUCCGACAGCGAGUGUUCGACUUGUGAGGAAAACAAGUGUGUCGCAGGGGAGAUAGAGAACAGAACAGACAUUCCCCAAGGUGGAGGGUUGUUUAAGUAUUCCUACAGGUGUGAGGCAGCAUGUACUGCUGAUGCCUAUUUCGAUGUGAAAGAGGAAACCUGCAAGCAAAGGACACAGUGCAGUGCAUUUGGACUUGCGGAACUAUUUCCAGGAAACAAAACCCACAACUCAGUUUGUGAUAUUUGUGCAAUGAUGCACUGCAAAGGUGGAGACUCCAGCAAUAUGUUUCUUGGCAUCAGCUUCCUGCUGCUCUCUCUCUGCUUCCUGGCGAUUCUGUCUGCUGUCUGUGUAAAGAUUCUGAGGAAGCAUAGAGCAAAGAACUAUCCCGUGUUAGGUUUCAGCACUGCAGACUUCCCCCUGCCGAAAGAGGAGUGUGGACUCGAGCUCAGUUUUUCCGAUGAAUGCAAGGAGUGCAGCGGUUUAGACUAA